AGUCAAGUUCACUACCAACACAAAGGGGACCCAGAAAAUCAAAAAAGAAUGUCGAGUGAUGAUAAAAAUAAAUCUAGUGAACCUAAGAAUGAGCCCAAGAACUGUGAUCCCAGGUGUGAACAAAAGUGUGAAGCCAAAUGCCAGCCCAGCUGUUUAAAAAAGCUGCUGCAACGGUGCUCUGAAAAGUGCCCACGGGAAAAGUGCCCAGCACCACAAAAGUGUCCACCGUGCCCCCCACCAUGUCCCCCACCGUGUCCUCCUCCAUGCCCAGCUCCCUUCCCCUCCAAGUCCUCUUCCAAGCCCUGUCCUCCUAAAUGCCCAUCUCCCUGCCCACCCCCAGAGUGAGGCACCAAGGGUACCUCUCAUUCCAGUACCUCCAACAUCUCUACCAUGUUCACCAUCUUAUCCUGAAAGCUGAAGCCAUGAACUGACAAGUAAACGUGUUCCUCUGCUGCA